AUGUCUCCGUCCUCAGAGCCAUGGCCAUGCUACUGUCAGGCCGACAGUGAUGGCAGAAGAAAAGAUACAAACGCCCAAAAGAUACAGGCAUUUAGAGCCACCAGAGACCACAGAGGCAGCCCCGGCUCUAAUCCUUAUGCUCCACCUCCACGUGCCAAAGUCCCUUUUUCAUCAGCAACUUCACUCUUGGCCCCCAACGUGUGCGGCAACCCGUUCAGCAUCGGCGACCCUCUGAACACUACCAUCGAAAGCUACAUCAUCAACGACUGUCCCACAUGCUCCGACGGCCACGUACCUACCUUCUACACAUACCGGGAUGCAGCAUGCUACCAAGGCGCGGCUGAAAGGCCAGAGACAGGGUUUAGGAGAGCGUUACAAGCUGUGUGA